AACUCCAGCAAAUAACGAAUAAUCAAAGGGCAUCUCCACAAAUUCAACAAAGUUGAAUUUGAAUUUGAGCGGGCCAAUAUCCUAUUCCAUUUCCUUCCCUACUCGGCUACUCCAACGUGAUUUGACUGACGCAUCGCCUUCUUCUUCUGACACGAUCACACUCUCUUUUAUGAUCUAACCUUCAAAAUCUCACAUCUUCAAACCAAACCUUCUUCUUCUUCAAUCUCCAUGAACUAAAAGCCUAUCUCACUGAACAAACCACCGGAAUGUUUAAAGAUACCUCGGCUUCUUCUAGGACCUUCCUUCGAAGGAACCCCCAAGCGGAACCAAACGAGAACGAAUUUGAAUCAUCCUCGCAGUUGCAGAACCCAAUCAACUAUCCACCUCCUCGUACCCCUUUGAAUUCGAUACCUGACCCUUCUCAGUACGAGAAGGAAGCUCAGGACCCCGAAGCUGAUUCACUCUCCAAAGCCGAAGCUAUUCGGCUGGGUCGGCGUUACUCUGAGAGGUUCGGGAACUGGAGCAGCGUCUGCCUCAGCUCCGGGACGACAAGGGCUUCGGCUCGGCUCGGGAAGUCGAAUUCGGAGCCGAACUCUGCGCAGAGCACGCCAGCAAGGAAUGCUUCAAGCUCGAGGGUUUCGCUUGGUGGAGGAAGCAAAGGAAGAGGAGUGAGUUCGUGUGCGUUGAUGAGAGGGAUCUCAGCUGCCAAUGUUACCGAAUUGUGUACUGAAGUUCCGCAUUUUGAGCUCAAAGAUGAUCCUUCAUUUUGGAUGGAUCAUAAUGUGCAGGUUCUGAUAAGAAUUCGACCGUUGAGUGCUGCGGAGAAGAUUGUGCAAGGACAUGGAAGGUGCUUGAAGCAGGAAAGUGCGCAAACUUUGGUGUGGCUUGGUCACCCGGAGACCAGAUUCACCUUCGAUCAUGUAGGGUGUGAGACUUUAUCCCAGGAAAACCUUUUUAGAGUUGCAGGAGUGUCAAUGGUGGAGAAUUGCUUGUCUGGUUACAACAGUUGUAUCUUUGCCUAUGGUCAGACAGGUAGUGGCAAGACAUAUACCAUGAUGGGUGAGAUUAAAGAAACAGACGGGAAUCUUACCGAUGAUAGUGGGAUAACACCAAGAGUUUUUGAUUAUUUAUUUACAAGGAUCAAAGCGGAAGAAGAGAGCAUGAGGGAAUAUAAGAUGAAGUACAGUUGCAAGUGUUCCUUCUUGGAGAUAUACAAUGAGCAAAUAACAGAUCUUUUGGAGCCUUCCUCAACUAAUCUGCAGCUCAGAGAAGAUAUGAAGAAGGGUGUAUAUGUAGAAAACCUUACUGAACAUAGUGUUGAAACUGUUAAUGAUGUUCUCCGUCUCUUGAUACAGGGUGCUGCAAGCAGAAAAGUGGCUACAACUCGUAUGAAUUGUGAGAGCAGUAGGUCUCACAGUGUUUUCACUUGCAUUAUUGAAAGCAGAUGGGAGAAAGAUUCUAUGAUGCACUUUAGGUUUGCAAGGUUAAAUUUAGUAGAUCUGGCUGGUUCUGAAAGGCAGAAAAGCUCAGGAGCAGAUAGUGAACGUUUGAAAGAAGCUGCAAAUAUAAACAAAUCCUUGUCAACUCUUGGGUUGGUCAUAAUGUCUUUGGUGGACUUAGCACAUGGGAAGCCAAGACAUGUCCCCUACAGAGAUUCAAGGCUUACAUUUCUUCUUCAGGAUUCUUUAGGUGGGAACUCAAAAACAAUGAUCAUUGCAAAUGUCAGCCCAUCCAUUUGCUCUGCUCAUGAAACGCUAAGUACUCUGAAGUUUGCCCAGCGAGCCAAGCUCAUUCAAAACAAUGCAAAAGUGAACGAAGAUGCUUCUGGUGACAUAAAUGCAUUGCAGUGGCAAAUUCAGCAGUUGAAGAGUCAAUUGUCCCUUCUGAUGAAAAAUAAAAACUUUCAAACUCCACUAUCAAAUUUGGAGCCAAAUUCCAAAAGCUGCAGUCUGAGUGAAAGUUCAGAAGGAUAUGAUUCUUUGGGAAAAUGUGCGACAGCUGGCCAGAAGAUGCUUCUUUCAAACAAAGAGAUUAAAAGCAUGAAAGCUGCUUUGGUUGGAGCCUUGAGGAGAGAAAAAAACGCAGAAGCUGCAGUCCAGAAUUUAAAGGCUGAAAUUGAAUGCUUGAACUCCUUGGCUCGACAAAGGGAAGAGGACGCCCGGCAGAGUUUAGUAAUGCUGAGGCAUUGUGAGGAGAAGAUUAAAAACCUUGAACUACUGGUAGAUGAUAAACUGUCAGCUGAGAAAUAUCUCAUAGAGGAAAACAAGGCCUUAAAGGAGAGGAUCCAGUUGCUUCAAGAGAGUGUUGAUAGAAACACAGAAGCAAGUCGACUUGCUUUGGAAAAUGACAGACUUCUCCAACAACUCCAACAAUUUAAAAGCUUCUAUGAGCAUGGAGAGAGAGAAAGAUUGCUGGCUGAACUCUCUGAAUUGCGUGAUCAGCUCCUUAUUGCAAAUCAAGAACAAACUAUGUUUUUCAUCAAUAAUGAAAAUCAGGACACUGAUAUUGAACAAGAGGUAGAUUAUUGCUGGAACAUGAAUUCCAAGUUGCUUAGGGAUGUAGAUAAAUUACAAACUGAACUUGGAAAGUAUUGGAGCUGUAAUCAAUUAAAAACUGAUUCUGUUGAAACAAUGUCCAUGAGAAGUGAUUCUGGAGAUGAGAUGCCAGCCUCCGCAUGGGGAGUCGAUUGUGCGACAUCAAAUAUAUCAGAAAGAGAUGCUUUGGGUGUCUCAUUAAUGUUUGCUAAAAGUAAUAAAGUAAACAGCAGCAAAGAGAUGAAAACUAAAUUGCAAAAAAUGUGUAAGGAUCUUGAGGAUGUUAAGUUGCUUAAUGAGCAAUAUAAAGAGAAAUGUGCAUUACAGUUAUCUCAGAAACAGGAGACUGAAAUAGUCUGUCAAGAGGUUGAGAUGGAGACAACCCAAACAAUUCUUCAUUUGCAGGAAGAGGUUUCUAAUCUUCAGUUGGAGUUGGACAAAAGGUUAUGCUCCAUGGCUCAAGAAAAUACAGAGCUAAGAAAUAUGGUUGCGGCGAAAGAAGAAAAAAUUAGAACACUGUCUUUGGAGUGGGAGAAAGCAAUCUUUGAACUGACAACGUUUCUUUUAGAUGGCUCCAGGUCUCUUAAAGAUGCCUGUGGACAAGUGAAAAGUAUUUCUUGUUCAUUUCCUCAGGUCAAUGCUAGGAUUAGUGAACAUAUUGAUCUGGCUGUAAAAAAUUAUCUUGAGAAGGAAGAAACAAUUCUGCAGCUACAAAGUAGUUUGGAAGAGGCACAAAAAGUGGUGUUGGACAUGGAGUUGAAAUUAAGUUCCUUAAAGGAAGCUACUAUAGCCUUAAGUGAAUGUCAACAAGACAGCGUAGAAGGCACCGAAGAGGUAAUUCAGUUAAGAGAGAUGUUGACUGAGAAGGCCAAUAUGGUAUGGAUGCUGGAAAAUGAAAUAAAGUGUAAAAACAAUCAACUUUGUAAAGAAACUAAACGAGCUGAUGCCGUACUCCUUGUAGCCAAAUGGCUUACCGAUAGUUGUAAUGUAGGUCCUGUCAAUGAUGUUGGAAGAGAUAUUUCCAUCCCUGAACUACAUGUGCUUACAGGAGUAGGCAGUUGUACUAUUUCUGAGAAUAAGGAUGUUGUAAUUAUACUAAAUUACCUAAUAGCUCAAGUUGAGUCAGCAAAGUUUGAAGUACUGGAGAUGGAGAAUGCUCUAAGAGCAUUUUUUACCAAUUCAGAAACAGAUACAGUAGCCUUCCAAACUGGUGUCUUAGAUCUUUCUUCUGCUUACAGGGAGGUAAUUCAGGAGUUGGUUAAAGAUACUCAGGACAUCAGGAAAGAAGUAAGGGAUCUGAAGAUGCAUCGAAGAAGUUUCCAGUGUAAUACAGUUGACUCGCAAACUGCAAAUGCAAACAUUUUUCAGGCGUUUACUGAUCAUCAUCACACUCUUCAUCAGAUACAAGACCAAUGUGUAGAUAUGAAUAAAAGAUUGCAUAUUAUACAAAAAUGUAUUAGAACAGAAGAUGUGUCUAGGUUUUUACUGGCAGAUGAAGAUCUUGUAGAUGCUGAUGAAUUGAGUGCUGAUAGCUCUUCAGUCUCUGAGUUGUCAGCUGAAUGCGACAGCAUUGCUUCCACAAGCAAGUCAGAUGGGUCAACAUAUACCUAUGAUUUUUAUUCUCCUGGAAAAGUAGCUGAACAGAUGGUGCGUGUGAAAUCUGAGGGAGGCAUUGUAACUCAAUCUGAUGAUAAAUCAUCAACUAUAAGCAAACUUGUGAAAAGGCCAAUCCAUUGUGGUGCAGCAGUGUCCUCUCUAAGUAAAGAAUUAGAUGCAACACAUGAUAGUUUCCGUAGACUCUAUUUCUGUCUGUCUGCACUCCUUAGAGAAUUGGAUGAUGGAUCAUGUGCUUACCCUAAAGAUCUCAAGAAGGAGGCUUCAUCUUUCCAUUUGAUGAGGCUGAAUGAUGGAGCAACUUGUGAGAACAAGACAGAGGUAUUUAAUUUUGGGAACAUUGAGCCCACUGAUUGCUUCUUAACCAAAUUUAUGGAAGUUCAUGAAACGGUCAAGGAAGCAGAUAUUACACUGCAUGCUUUGACAAAAGCACUUGAAGAUUCAAAACAGUUGACUGCUACAUGGAAGCAGGUUGGUGAAAGUUUGAUGAUUGAGAGAUCAAGCUUGGCAGAAGAGAUUCAAAAACUCAAUUGUUCAAUGCUUCAUAAAGAAGAAGAGAAUCAAUUACUGCAGGAUCACAUCCAUAUCUCUUUGUUAGAGAUGUCAAACUUGGUUUCAAUGCUAAAACAGUGUUUCUUGCAAGUUCAAACUGAUGUUGAGAAGAAACUCAUGAUAAUGUACUCUGAUAUUCUUCUGAUGGGACAGGAGAUGUCAAACUUUAUGAAUUGCCUGAGGUCAUCAUUAGAAGAUAUUUGCCCUCAGGUUGUGGAUGAAAGGUUUGAAUCUUUUGUUCUGUACAACUGCUUGGUGAAAGAGUUUAUAAGUAAAGUUUCCAGAUUUAGUGUAAACAACUAUUUGCAUUCACCCCGUCAAGGUAAUGAGUUCACAGGGAAAAGAGAUCAAAAUCUGUUAAUCAAGAAUAUACCCGACGAGCCAAGUUUUCCCAAUGUUGAGAUAAUAAAUGAGAACAUGGCUCUUAAAAAAGAGUUACAGAGGAAACAAGAGUUAUUAGAGGGUUUACUUUUUGACUUUAGGCUGUUGCAGGAAUCUGCGUCAAACAGUAAGGAUAUAAAGGACCAGACUGAGAAGUUAAUAUUUUCUCUAAGCCAAGUUCGUUAUGAGCUAGGACAAAAAACAAGUCAGCUAGAAGAUAUAUUGGUCCAAAACAGAAAACUGGAAGGUUCUCUUGCUGACACAGAAAAGGCUUUAGCUAAGUCAAAUUAUGAGCUUAGUCUUGCUAAAGAAUCAAUUGACAAACUGUCUGAUCAAAAUGCUGAGCUGAGGGAACUAUUGGGAGAACUCUAUGCAAAGAAAUCUGAAGCUGAAGAGCAAGUGGACGAACAUAAAGAGGUGAUUAAGGGCUUGGAAAAAGAGAUUGCUAAUUUGACCACUUCACUAGAGAAUCAGUCACUUUCUUUGUUUGCUAGCAUUGAGAAUGAAUUAACAAAGGUGAUAAUGGAGAGAGACCAACUACAUGAAGAAGUUUGUAUCUUGAAUGAUAAGCUUGAGAUGGCUUCUUCAUUGGCUGAUGAAAAGGAAGCUAUUGCUAUGGAAGCUCGUCAG